UCAGGAGCACCCCACCAGCCAAACAGAGUGCUGCCUGCCAUCACGCCAGCUGGCCAAUGAGAACACUGCAGGCUAUAUAAAGGCGAGCCCGUUCAAGGGCUCCCGCAUUAGUCUAAGAAGUAGCAGCAGCUGUGUUGGGGCAAUGGCCCGCACAAAGCAGACAGCUCGCAAAUCAACGGGCGGUAAGGCUCCGCGCAAGCAGCUGGCCAGGGUGGGCUACAAGACUGCACCAGCUACGGGUUCCGUGAAGAGAGCGCAUCGUUACCGACCUGGUACUGUGGCCCUGCGCGAGAUCCGUCGCUAUCAGAAGUCUACUGAGCUCCUAAUCCGCAGGUUGCCCUUCCAGCGCCUGGUGCGUGAGAUUGCUCAGGACUUCAAGACUCACCUGCGCUUCCAGAGUUCAGCAGUGAUGGCGAUGCAGGAGGCCUGUGAGUCCUACCUGGUGAUGCUCUUCGAGGACACCAACCUGUGUGCCAUUCACGCCAAGCGUGUCACUAUCAUGCCCAAGGACAUCCAGCUCGCUCGCCGCAUCCGCAGGGAGACACUCUAGGUCCUAAAGGCACCCACGCCAUACUGCUGUUACCCCAAAGGCUCUUUUCAGAGCCACUCACUGGGUCAAAAAAAAUGGCUGUAACUUGUGGCUCCCAG